AUGAGCACCACCGAAGCCGACCUCCGCGAACAAUGGGGCAACCCCCGCGACAUCCUCAGCCUGCUCCUCCUCCUCGGCGGCGACAUCGUGCAAAAGGCCAUCGCGCAGCUGGUAGGCUACGAGGCGCGGCCGCUCGGGCAGCGCGGGCCCGCCAUCUCCAUCGCGCCCGUGGCCUUCUCGUUCGGCUGGGUCGCGUACGGCUUCUCGAGCCUGCUGGCGGCGUUCGGCGACAUGGCGCUCAUGCCGCCGUGCGACCACCCUUGCAUCCUCGUCAACUGCGCGACGGGGUUCGCGCGGGAGAACCGGUCGUGGGCGCUCGGGAGGCUGCUGCGGGAUCAUGAGAUCCGGCAUGAGGUUGAUAGUCGGGCUGUUGAGGAGGGGGGCAGAGCUGAGUCGCUGCGGGUGGAUGUUUUUGAGCAGUUGCCGGUUGUGCCGCCUGCCCUGGAUGUGGUCUGGUGGCUGGGGUGGGUCACUGUGCUUGUUCAGUUUGCGAUUGCGAUUGUCCCCUGGAUUGUUUAUGGCGACUGGACGAUCGCAUUGGUUACAUUUUGCGGGACGUUUCUUGCCAUUGUCACGUGCGCCAUGCCGCAGUGGAUCCAGGAGAAAUGGGCUGCUAAACGCGUUCAGAAGCACAGGGUGACGUGCCUGACCCGCGGGAAUGGAAGUCGAUUUGGCUCUUUCAUUGCUCGCCCCGAGACCAGGGGCGUGACGCUUGGACUGAUGGUUUUGUGGACUUGUCUACUUAUAACCGUGUCCGGCAUUGAUUCUCACACCUGGUUCCUCGUUGGCAUCGGCGGGAUAGGGAUGCUGCAGAACCUCUUCGCAGCUGGGGUUUCAAGGGCGCCUGAGGCUGGCAGAUUCCCUCUCCGAGGACCAUCCCGUGUCCCGGCUGUUAUUGGAAUACGCACCACGUAUGAAGAUGUGGCUGACCCCGAGGUUGAUCUCAAGGAGACCGAGGAUGUGCUGUCCCAGCUUGCUCUGUGGGUUUCCGCUUCAUCCCAGAAGACAAUGCCAGUUCAUACUGUCGAGAAGACAGAUCGGCGUCAGACUAUGCCUAGAUGGCUGGAAUCUAUGUCCAGAGAGGAUGGAGUGCCUAGCUGGCUGGAACCAGUCCCUUGUCCAGUGGACACAGGCAGCAGGGAUGGUGCUCGAUCUUCCGUGUCAAUGUUCUUUUCUAAGGCCCGUGGGCAAGGCCUUGAGGACCGAUCUACAAACAACACUGUCGUCCGUGCCGGAGGCGGGGUGCAUGGCGCCUUAAUUGAGCUUGAGAAGUGGGUGCCCACGGCCGGGCUUGCCAUGUUGGAAGUAUUCUUCCCGCAGGGGCUCAGGUACACCGACGAGGCAGUCCGAGACAAUGUGCACAAACGGUUCUGGAGGCAGGCAUACCAUACCAAGGAUUUAAGACGAAAAGCAGAGACGCAACGGAGGCAGCAAUAUCGAGCUUAA